ACUCUUCUCGUCGCCCUCCCCGUCGACGUUACGUACGCAGCCGUGGCGUGCCUACAAGCCAAAUAACAUGGAGUCCUCUGCCUGGCAUCUUCCAGGGAUCCAUGCAAAAAACCCGAGCGGCGACUGAAAACGGAGCAAGUUUGUCCAUGGGAGCGGCGAAAGCCUCCGACGAGCAUCAUCGUCUCGGGGCGUAAAGAAAGCUUCGGCUCCGUCCUCAAAGUAUGACGAACGGUGCUUAAAGAGGCAGCCUUUCACUGCGAUCCGCAAAAAAAGCCAGGCCGAUUUCAAAGAAGAGGAGGCUGCACCAUGUAGGCAGGCUGGUCGCCAGUGGGACUCCAUACUGUUCUCUGGGGGGACUAUGGAGCCAGAGGGGCCACCCCUAACCCCAGGGACCAGCUAUGGGCCCCCACCCUUCAACUCAGCACAAAACCCUUCCACCUCCGACUUCCUCAACUGCACCUUACAGUCCUCACGCUCGCCAAAUGCGAGAGAUGGCCUCGUGUCUGCCAAACGCUCGUGGGGCCACGCUGGAGACGAGGGCCCCAAGCCGACCGAGGGCACCCAGCCCGGCACAGACCCAGGGAGGAGCGCACAGAGGAGAUUCAGGUCCUCAGCCUUUCCUUCCUCCCUCAGCUGGGACUCUGACUCUGAGAAAGAAACGCUAGAUGAGGAGGAGCUACAGCACUUUUCUAACCCUCACGGUCUGGCUGCUCACAGCCCAGGAUCUCCUUCUUCUGGACUCAGACUCGAUAGUGAAGAUGACCAAGGACCUGAGAAACUGCAGCACUUGCAUAGUAAGACUGACUCACCUACCCCUGUGGAGGGGCACGACAACAAUGAGAGCACAAACACACAAGAGCCAAAUACAUCUCAGCUUGGCCCAACAGAAUUGUCAGACAGUAAAGUCUGGAAUGUAUCUGAGAGAGCUGAGCUGUUUCUGGCCAAAGUAAAACCAAAGGAAGCUUGCCAAAUGGAGGAGGAGGCAGACAAUAGUGAGGGAGAGACAAGGCCCAAGGGAAAAGUAACGAAGGAGCCUGAGAGAGAUGUGUACAGCUUCCCUGGAGACUCAGACCCCGAGAGUCCCCCUCCUGCCCCCUGGGCUCAUUGCACAUUCAUUCAGCGGUGCAGAAAGAAGAGGGUGCUGCUCAGGCCCUUCUCUGGACUUGGCACCUUAAAGCGCACAUCGCCUGAGACUGGCAAGCGGUCAGGAGUGAGUCCUCAGAAAUCAAAACCUGCUGAGCCUGCACAGUUGAACCGAGGUGGAGGGGUUUACGAUUUUGAAGAAGUUGACUUUGGAGAGGGAGCGGUGGAGGAACCGAUCAAGAUCAGAGACAGAGGGGGGAAAACAGACAAAGAAGAAGAAAGCGAGGUAGUGCCAGAGAAUGAAAUCUUCACCUGCGUGGAAUGUAGCAUUUACUUCAAAAAGCAGGUCCACUUGCAGGAGCACAUAGUCGAGCACUGUCAGAGCGGCGCAGGGGGUGGCAGGCGCUUUGGAAAAGGCGGUCGUUUUCGGUGUGUUGAGUGUGGAUGGAACCUGCCAAAUCGGCUUGCGCUGGCAGAUCACCACAGGCGGCACCAGGAGUCCCGUCUAAAGAUCUUGGAGGAGAUUGAAAAACUGAAUGAAAAUGGGAAGGCAAGAGAGAUUCAGAAACUUGACAGUGAGGUGAAGAAGCAAUUAAGCCCCGACCCAGCUAUUGUGCAAGAUGCAGCCUCGAAUCCAGGCAAAGAGUCAGACCCAGAAAUAGUCUCAUCUCCACCUCAUUCCCCAGCUACAAUUUCAACACCAGAAACAGACGCAGCAGUUCUCAACUCCGAUGUGACUCCACCAAAUUCUGUUCGAACUCCAGCUCAGGGCCGAGCUGUUUCUGCGUACCGCCGCCGCUUUCUCUGCACCAAGUGUAACUUCAGCACAAGAACACCCCAGGCACUGGCUAAUCACACCAAGACCCACAACAGGAAGAAACCUGCUCUCCAGGCUGACUCCCCAUCUCCUGGUUCACCAACAUGCUUGGCAUCGACUUCCCUGGCCUGUGGACACUGUGCCUUCCUGACCUCAAGUCAAACUGUAAUGAGGGAACACCAGAAACUUGCUCACCCUGGACAGGCCCCAAUCAGUGGGGCGCAGGCUGAUGAGACUGGCCAACACUCAAGGUCCAGUGCUGGUGCUCGAAUUUCAAAACCCACCCUGGAUUCUGAGCAACUCUCUGGGUCUGGAUCUGGAUCCCUGCCCGAUGCAGCUCAAGGCAAAAGCCAGCGAGGAGUCACUGCCCCUGAGGACAGCACAACACCAGACAGCGCUGCAGCUCGGCCCACAGGACAGACGGUCUUCAAGUGCGUUGGGAACAGGAGAUUCAGCAGAAGAGGGAAGACUUGGGCUGAUCUGGCCAAGUUUCAGCCCAGACUGGACGACGACAAGCUGCUUGGGAGUGAGGAAGAGGAGCAGGGUGAAGAUCAGAGCGCAGAGCUCGACGCUGAGUGUUCCGAGCCAAAGGCCGACUCGCCUGUUGGAGUGAAACCGCACACGAGAGCACGAUCAAACACAGAUGACUGCUCAGCAGAGCAGAGCACAACGUCAUCGCUCCCUCCCAAGAAGAGUGUGAAGGACGAAGACAAGCUGGAAGUGGAGAAAGAUGGAAAGGUUUUCUUUUUGAGGAGGAGCAACCGGGUUACUGCUGCUCCUGCAGAAAUUGACAGUGAUGAUGAUGACGACGACAUUGACGAGGAACGCGUGCGGCGCUUCCUGUCAGAGGGCCUCUUGGAUGAAGACAACGAUGAGAUUGAUGAGGACACGGAGGCGCUCAAGAGCGUGGAGAGGAAAUGCCCCUACUGCCCCGAUCGAUUUCAUAAUGGCAUCGGGCUUGCCAAUCACGUGAGGGGCCACCUGAACCGAGUGGGCGUCAGCUACAAUGUGCGUCACUUCAUAUCCCCCGAGGAAGUCAAUGCGAUAGAGAAGAAGUUCUCCUAUCAGAAGAAGAAAAAAAAAGUUGCCAACUUUGACCCGGACACGUUCAGCGUGAUGCACUGCGAGUUCUGUAGCGCCGGCUUUGACACCCGGGCCGGCCUGUCCAGCCAUGCCCGGGCCCACCUGCGCGACUUUGGCAUCACCAACUGGGACGUCACCAUCUCGCCGAUCCACAUCCUGAGAGAGCUGUUUUCCAGCAGGCCCGACCUUGUAAUCCCCACGGCUCCCCCUCGGAGCCCCGGCUCUUCACUGGAGGAGGGCGACGAGGACGAGGAGAAGGAACCGGAGGAGGGAGGGGAGGGAAUCAUUGAGGUUAAGCUUGAGGGGGAGACGAGUGAAAGGACGCCGAGUGUUACUGCUUCUGACACACAGCCCUCAGCACCUCCUGAACAUUGCAAGAAGGAAGACUGUGCACAAGAGUGUGAGGGUGAGGAGGAGGCAGCAGCAGCAGCAGCAGCCGAGGAAGAGGAUGAGGAGCAGCUGCGGCUCACAGCAGCCCCGGAUGGUCUGAGCUCGAGCCCCGGGAAAACAGGGCUGUGCAGCGCUGACACGGACGGCCUCUCUCCUGGGGAGGAUGCGGACUCCAAGGCCCAUAACUUGAAGUGCGAGGUGUGCGGAGCUCAGUUCGAGACGCGGCGGGGACUGUCCAGCCACGCCCGCUCUCACUUGCGCCAGCUGGGCAUCAGAGUGUCGGAGAGCAGCGGCGCGCCCAUCGACCUCCUCUACCAGAUCGCCAAGGAGCGCAACAUAGACGGCCAGACGAGCUCGCCUCUUCUCGAGCCCCUUUCGGCCAAGAACUCCUCCCCGUCUGCUCCUCAGAAAGAUGAGAAUUUAGAAGACAUGGACUUAGACGAGAAGCCCAUCCAUCUCUCCCUCCUGGCCAAAGCAGUGAAAGCGGUGCCGCCCUCCUCCUCCUCCUCCACCCCCGCACCUUCUCCUGUUGCCUCUCCGGCUCCGCCUCACUCCGGCUCCCCCUCCUCAGUGGUGAGGAAAGCCCCCAUUUCCUCUCUGCUGCCCGUGUCUUCCCCCUUGCGCUCCCCAGAGCACAAGGUUGGGGGAAUGAAAAGCCUGACCUCGAACCUCUCCGCCCCAUCCAACCUCACAGCAACCAAACCCCUCUGGGCCCCGCAGGAGAAUGAUGCACCUCUCAACCUCACACUGGAGGUGGACCCCACCAAGGACAUCGUCUGUCAGCUGUGUGGCGCCUGGUUCGAGACGAGGAAAGGCCUCUCCAGCCACGCGCGAGCCCACCUGCGGCACUUCGGGGUGGAGUACUCCGAAUCCAAGGGCUCUCCCAUCGACCUCCUGAACCAGCUCAUGGAUACCGACGAGUUCAAGCACAAAGCCAGUGCUCUGGAGCUGGACAGCCACACGGAACCACGGGGCCUCACGACCACGCUCUCCCCCCCGAAGCAGUCGUCCUUGCUGAGCCUCUCCUCCUCUUCCUCUUCCUCCCUCCUCUAUAAGGUGACCACAGCUGGGGCGGGGUCGACAUCCAAAGCUACCUCUUCCUCUGCCUCAUCUUUACUUGGCCCACCCGCCAAGCGUAUUAAGUCUUCUUCCAUGCGGGUCUUCCGCCUGAGUAGCGGGGAGCUCAUGGCCCUUCCACACAGUGAACCUCCAAAGGAAAUAGGCUGCGAGUUCUGCGGGGAAUAUUUUGAGAACCGCAAGGGUCUCUCCAGCCACGCCCGCUCCCACCUUCGGCAGAUGGGCAUUACUGAGUGGUCGGUCAACGGCUCGCCGAUCGACACCCUGAGGGAGAUCAUCACAAGACGGGGCCUGCCUUGCGCUCUUCCUCUGAAACCCCUCAAAACCCCGCCUCCGUCCUCGCCGGGACCUCCUCGAUCACCUCUGUCGACCUCCUCCUCUCCCUCGGCCACCCUCCUCAGUCGCCUCCCCUUUGCCUUCGCUCGCCCCUCCAGCCCUCCUCAGCCCGCGGUGUCCAAGUCGAGCUCAGCUCCGCCGAUGUCUUCUAGCGGGCUGAUCCUCAAGCUGAAGCCUGAGCCGGUGCAGCUGGAGGUCACCACGCCUGGAGCCGUGGGGAGACCUGUCGGCUUUUCUGGCGAACCUCUCAACUGGAGCAGCUCUGACAGCAUUCUCCCCCUCAACCUUGCCAUGUCCCAUGAAGCGGAGCCUACCAGAGACAUUCGCUGCGAGUUCUGCGGGGAAUACUUUGAGAACCGCAAAGGUCUCUCCAGCCAUGCCCGCUCCCACCUGCGCCAGAUGGGCAUCACCGAGUGGUCUGUGAACGGCUCGCCCAUCGACACCCUGAGGGAGGUGAUGCACAAGAGGGGGGCAGGUGGCUCCUCUCAUUCAGACCAGGCAGUGAAGAAGGAGUCGAGCCAGGGAGCCAACAGUCCCCUAUGGGAGAGCGCGGGGGGCACCGGCGGUUCAGAGGGUUUGGGUGUUUUAGGCUACCAGUCUACUAAAUACCGCAAAUCUCCUCUCAGUCUGCUGCAGUCAGGGUCCAGGCUCCAUAAACAGGGCCUCGGCUCCAUGGGCACAGCCGCCACCCCACCUGCAGGGAAGUACUUCAGGAUGUCCCCGCUGGGGAAGAGGCCUCUGUCUGAGGACGCCAAAUCAGUGGAGACUGGCCACUCACCGCCACAUCAGCUCAAGACUUUCUCACCUCUGCCACAGGAUUUCUCCUUCAAAAGGAAACCUUCCCCAGACAAGCCUGGACACCAGGAUCCCAGUUGCGAGCUCUGUGGCUUCUACUUUGAGAACCGUAAGGCUCUGGCCAGCCACGCACGAGCCCACCUGAGGCAGUUUGGUGUCACCGAGUGGAGUGUGAAUGGAUCCCCCAUCGAGACGCUUAGCGCGUGGAUGCGCAGCAGGCCGCAGAAGGUGUUGGAGAUGCAUCGAAGCUACAUGCAGGGCAGCCGCUCCACCCUCAAGAAGAAGAGCAGCUCACCCCUCACUGCAUCAACGGAUUCUGAUCAUAUCCUCCCCAUCUCACCACAGAAGGCCUCCUCUUCCUCCUCUUCCUCCUCCUCCUCCUCCCAGUGGUCUUCGUCGUUGGCCGUAAGCCUGGUGCGACCGCUGGGCCGCGACGUUAGCCAGGGCUCUUCCAAGACCUCUGAGGGCGAAGCUGGUACCGGUCCACCGGCCGCUCCCUUCAGGCCCGGCCGCAGCAGUCCCAGCCUCUCGCGGCUCGCUGGAGGCCUCCCGCUUCAAGCACAGGUGGCACGCAGUGAGCUUAACGUCCGCCUGCCCAGAGGUUUUGAGCGUCGGCCCUUGAAGCACCCGUCUUUCCCAGAUGGAGCAGAGAGGGACAGCGGCCCUCCUAAGCCCCCCCGCACAGGCACCGUCCCCGCCCUGGUGCCCAAACCUCCCUCCUACCCACUGGUCAAACUGGUGGGCAAGUUCUACACCCUGAAGUGCCGGUUCUGCGAGGUGGAGUUUCACGGUCCGCUGUCGGUGCAGGAGGACUGGAUCAGACACCUCCAGCAGCACAUCCUCAAGAUGAACUACAACAAGCCUGCUGCUCCCAAAGCAGCCUCUGCUGAUGACCCCACCCCGGUCCAAGCCUCCACCUCUACCUCUAGUACCACCUCUACCACACCUGUCCUCACCUCCACCCCGACCCGCACCACAGCCCCCAACAGCCGCUCCCCUACGCCUCCAGCUGAGUGUGCUCCGCCUGUCACUGCCACAGAGAUAGUAAAAGUCUCAGAGGAGCAGCCCACCCCACCUCCAGCUUCUCUUGCCCUCCCCACCCAGACAGUGUAGGCUCCGAUUCGCCACUGUCGUUUGACCCCUUUUAGUUUUUCCUGCCUUUACAGUUUUCUUUUCGUCCAUCCGUUCCUUUCCUUUGGCCUUCACAAAGUGUUGUUGAGGAGGAGUGUUUCCCCUCCAAAGAGCCCUAUGAGCACCUUCGAAGCAGCUUUCUAGACUGUUACCAUGGGAACGAAGCUCUCCCGGCUUAUCUGUGCACCGGGGACGGAUGAUUGUUGGAAGUGUCCAAGGUUAUGAGGAGAGAUGAACCAAUGUUUUGUGUUUGCCUUGUUCAUAUUGAAUGUCCAGGUGAUGACGUGGACCGUUGCUGUACCUCUCCCCCCAUUCACCGGGCGAUUUAGAGGUUUAUGUAGCCCAUUAGCAAACUCCAACUCCCCAACCCCCUCCCCCAUUUACCACAGUUCUGCCCCCCCCUCCCCUUACGAGCAGUGCGUUACUGAGACCUGUGAGACUUUGACCAUUUCUAUCAGCAUGCUGGUAGCGCUGGCCUCAGCCUCUCACCUAAAGGUCCUGACUGAGAUUAAAAGACAUUUAUAAUCAUGCUAGUCUUGCGAUCAAGGCUUCAAACAUGUGGUAACACUAAGUGUUAAAAGAGGCACUUUCAAUGCUGACAUUGUCACUGAGCACUUACUCAAACGUCCAUUUUAAAAUGGGCGUAAUCUGACAAAGACUAAUUCCGAUUGGUUUAAGGAGCAAGAAGUGGAAGCACACCCAAAAAGGGAAAAUCCCCCUAGUUAACUUUAUAAUGUAAUAUUGACCCCAAGAUAUACAUUUUGUUUGAAUGUAGCUUAAAGCACUUACUAAAAGCGUAUAUGCACACACCCAUACACAAUCAAACACGCCCCAUGUUACAAUACCACUGGUUUUCAUGAUGUUACAACUACUCAACACUCUGCUGUGUUCAGCACAUAGGGCUGCUGUUGUGUCCAAGACACAGUUUCUUUUUAAAGGGCCAGUGUGUAGGACUUAGUGGCAUCUAGCUGGGAGGUUGAAGAUUACAACCAACCGAAUACCCCUCAAAUCACUUUUCUCUUCAGAGUGUAUAGGAGCACCUAUGAUGGCCUGUAAAACACAAAAGCUCCUCUCUAGAGUCAAUGUUUGGUUUUGUCCAUUCUGGGUUACUGUAGAAACAUGGCGGUGCAACAUGGCGGGCCUUCAGUAGAUAUAAAAGGCUCAUUCAAAGGUAAUGAAACACAACAAUUCUUACCCAGCGAACUAUGAAAUGAAAGUUGUUUGAACAUCCAAUCAUAAUGUCCCAAAAAUAUUCAAAGUUGAAAGCUGUGUCAAUUCAGACAUCCCAGCAAUAUCAAAAUAUGUGGUUACCAUGAACAGGAUUAAUCAGCUGUUCUGCUAAAGUUAGUGUACACUUUAUGCAUUCAGUAGCUUCACACACCUUUGAAAACAGAAAAUAACAAGUCAUCAUAAGACACUAGCUCCUGUCUCCAGGGUGGAAGUCACGAUGGAUGAAGACUUGACUCUUAGAAGCACUGCAGGCUUAAAACAAUGACACGGGAAUAUCAUUUACAUGUAGAUAAGCUCUACGAAUGUGCUUUUUAUAUGCAUAAAUUGGACGUUGGAUCAUUAUGAUCACAAUCAAAUAUAUUGUCAAUCAAACAAAGGCACAUGCAUUUGCUUUUUUCACGCCAAUGAUGUGAUGACUGUGUCCUGGUUUGUAAGAGACGGUCUGACUGGACCAUCAGACGGGACCAUUUGUGACCAGAGACACGAUGUCUCCAUCUUACCAAUGUUUGCCGGGUUGUUUUUAGGUGAUUAUACACUUGAUGAAAGUAUAAUAAUGCAUAUUACAUUCAGUAUAUUCCAAUAGAUGCCCCUACAUCCUCCACAGUGGACCUUUUUUUUUUUUUUUUUUUAAAUCUCCUGUUCUGGAUUGGAGAAGCAGGGCCAUAGAAAACAUUCAAGGUUACACAUUUCAACUUGUUUCUGCCUUUCUCGACCCAAAUCAUUAUUUAUUUAUUAUUAUGCAUCUGAAUGUGGUAAGCUAGGUCAUUCUAAAGCUAAAGUAGAAUGUUUGAAAAAUAGGUCAGAGCUGCACUUUUACACAGGUGCACAAUAUGUGUGUGUGUGUGUGUGUGUGUGUGCGUGGUUGCGUGCGUGCGUGUGUUAGUUUGUAUGUUAGUGUACAUACAUAGCAAAUGUGCAUUUGUUUCCCAUUUUAAAGAGACGGACAGAAGUAGAACUGCCUGAUAGGAAGACGCCUCCUUUGCUGAAAGUGAGCUCAGCGUGGCAGCCUGUCUGUAGGUAGUCUGAUCAGGACUUUAAUGCAUCCGUUCACGCGUUAGGAUGUGCCAAAGAGUCUGUUUACUUCCUUGUCUUGCCUCUCGAAGAGCUGUUUACAUUGGACCUGAUGGUGGAGGAAGCUCUGCACAGCUAUCAAGUUCUCCGAUGCUCCACACUGAACAACGGAACGAACCGGCGAUGACCUGCAUCCACUACCUGCACCGCCAAGUUCCCCCCCACCACCACCCAUCCCCGCCCCCGCCCCCGGUUUGAAAGACUCGGGCUCCUGGAGCAGCUUCACGGGACUCAUGUUGUUACUGUAGGGUUAGAUUUUACUCCAAUUAAACACGAACACAAACCAAACCCGAUUUUCACGCGGGGCUCUCGAGAACUGUCAGCCCCCUCGGUCCAAACACAGAAGCACGUCCGACCUCCUGGUGGGCUCUCGAGGCUGAAGUCUUUGCUUCAGAGUGUGUUCAUAUCAACCCACAGCUGAAGCAAUUACUGAAGGGUCCAUGUAGGCUGACGGCCUUUUAAAGUUGGUGGCCCACGUUGGAAACAUGACUGUUCGAUCGGAACCCCUUUUAUGGAGUAUAGAUACAUACUAUAUAACUACAUGUACUUAAGAAGCUGUUGAUGCUAGUAGAGCCAUCAGCAGUUCUAUUAGCAAAGGUAGUUAAAAAAAAAAAAUAAGUGAUCUUAAUUCCUCUAUUGUGAUUUUGAUUUAAACCUUUGAUGCUAUGUAUUUUUUAUUGCUCUGUGCAUUUCUGUAUUUGCAGUCCUGCAAGGUGAAUCUUAGAGUAUUUUUUAUUUUUACCUGUUAGUCUCUCUCCAAGCUGAAAACUUUUGGUGCUGGUGAGAUUGUCGCAGGGUUCGGGAGGGAGGUGGCGAGUGACUGAACGCGAGGGAAAGGGAAAAAAAAACAAAAACAAAGCAUUUUAGUGUGAUUGUCACGUCCUGGCAUCAGAGGACUCUAAUGAGGAGGCCUUAAAGGGGGACCACUUUGCACGGUGAGAUGUGAUCUCUCUGUCUCUGCAUUCACAGGGUAAUGGAUGCUGCAGCCUGUUGCAGGUGUGUGGCUGCGUUGCUGUGUUUAAAAAUGUGAAUCAGAGGCCGGUGCGUUACCCUUUUAAGAUGAACAGACUAAGCCUCAGCUGGUGUAACUGGCUGUUUUGUGUGUGUGUGUAUGUGUGUGCGAAUGAAUGCGUAAAAAAAGAUGGUGAGAUGAGGAUGAUGAUUAAGAAGAAGAAGAUGCAGUUGAGGAAAGAACUGUACUGUACACAAAGGGUUAAGUUUUAAGUGAAUCAAACUCCAGAACAAAACAAUAAAUGUGAUUUCAAUUUCAGA